CCGGGAGGGCCGGGCCGGGCCGGGCCGUGCCGGGCGGACCGAGGGGCCCGCGGGAGCGCCGUGAGAUCUUUGAAACACCACCGAGACUUGGUCACCGGGGGGUGGAUUGCUGAGGAUAGGGCUCUGCCCUCUGCACUCAGGACAUGUAUGGCUGAGGGGCUCAGCCCCUUCCCUGGCUGCAGGGCAGCGCUGUUCUCCUUCCCACCAUGUGACCUGGCACACCUGCACAGCAAAUAGCUGCUUUUUGCAAAGAAUGAGCACAUGCCGGUGGUGCACACAGAGUGGUGCUGACACCACCGAGUUCCUGAAGCACUAUGCUGCUCAAAGGCUGUCCCAGGAAGAUUUUGAAGGCUCCAAUGAUGACCUCUGUUACUGCCUGGAGUGUGUGGUUGAAUACCACAAAGCAAGGGAAGAAUGUCCAAGAUUGCAUGAGGACCUGUGGGACUUGGAAACCUCCCGCCUUGUUGCCCACAUGGAGAAAUCCAUGAACGAAGAAGCAGGAGAGGAUGAGCUGUUUCUGGUGGAUGAGCAUGGGGAGACACCUCUGUCUGGUUAUGUGGGCCCGAAUUUUGAGAACAACCUGCGAGUGCCCCUGCUGGAAAUCCUGAAAUACCCAUACCUGCUGCUGCAUGAGAAAGUCAGUGAGCUGUGUGUAGAAGUGCUCUGCAGAAUGGAACUAAGUCAAGACUCCUUUCAGGUCUUUGAGAAGUACCCAGGAAUUUAUCUCUUUUUGGUACACCCAAAUGAGGUGGUUCGUCGAUGGGCCAUCCUAACAGCAAGGAAUUUAGGAAAGGUUGACAGGGAUGAUUACUACGACUUAGAGGAAGUGCUGGCUUGUUUGUUCAGAGUUAUUGAGUUGGGGCUUUUUGAGAACCCAGAUAUUUACAGCUCUUCAAUGUUUGAAAAGGGUAAACUCAUCCUUCUGCCAGCUCAUUUGUAUGAUACAGCCAACUACAAGAACUAUUGGCUGGGAAUUUGCAUGUUGCUGUCAGUGCUGGAAGAACAAGCAAUGGACUCUUUGUUACUGGGCCCAGACAAACAAAAUGAUUUCAUGCAGUCUAUACUUCACACUAUGGAGAAAGAAGCAGCUGAUGAUUCCACUGACCCCUUCUGGCCUGCUCUACACUGUUUCAUGGUUAUUUUGGAUCAGCUUGGGUCUAAAGUUUGGGGUCAGCUGAUUGAUCCUGUCCAGGCCUUUCAAACCAUAAUCAACAGUGUCAGCUACAACAACGAAAUCAAAAACAUUCGCAGUAGCUUUAAGAGGACAAAAGCUGAACCAGAGUCAGACUACGGUGAUGACAUGAUUUCUUGCAGUCAGAUUGUGUAUAAUUAUAACACAGAAAAGCCUCAAAAGGACACUGGCUGGAAGGCUGCCAUUUGCCCAGAGUACUGCCCCAACAUGUAUGAAGAUAUGCAGACCCUGGCUAACAUGCUUCAGUCUGACAUUGGCAGAGACAUGCGUGUCCAUCACAGCACGUUCCUCUGGUUCAUCCCUUUCGUUCAGUCCCUUAUGGAUCUCAAGGACUUGGGUGUGGCCUAUAUAGUAGAGGUCAUCCACUACCUCUGCUCAGAAAUCAAAGAUAUCCUCAUCGAACGAUUCCAGGAGUGCGACAAAAUCUCCGAGUUCUUCCUCCUCAUCUUGGUGUCCAUCGUUGAGCUGCACAGAAGUAAGAAGUGCCUGCACUUGCUGUGGAUCAGCUCCCAGGAGUGGGUGGAGGCAGUGGUGAGGUGUGCCACGCUGCCAAGCAGAGCCUUCACGCGCUGCAGCGAGAAGGCGCCGGGGCCGUUCGCCAAGGGCUCGGCCGCGGGGUCCUUCCAGGCGCCCAGCUCGGUGCAGCACGCCUGCGUGCAGCUCAUCCGCAGCCUGCUCAAGGAGGGCUACCAGAUCGGCCAGCACGCCCUCUGCAAGCAGUACCUGGACAAACUCAACCUCCUCCUGAGGGGAAAUCGGGCUGUGGGGUGGCAGCUGAGCAGCCAGGAGGCCCAGGAGCUGCAAAUGUGUUUAAAGCAAGUUAUAAGAAGUAUAAAGGGCAAAGCACUGAGCGCCUCUUUGGCUGGAGGGAGCGGUUCAAGCUCAACAGCUUUGCCAACUGUCUCUACAAAGCACGAGAGGAAUGCCUGUGAUGAUGGAUACAAGAUGAGUGGAGAUGAGAGGAGGGAUCUUUAUUCACCAUUUGUCAUGUCAAAGGAAGGCAGAGAUUGCCAAGAGUACCCUUUGCAUAGGAGAAAGAAUGCGUGGGAAGAGGAAUGUAGAGAUGCAUGUAGAAGUUCAACGUCUUGCACAUCCACAGAAGGCCUCUUGAUGAAUAUUAAAAAGGAGCCUAAUGACUUAACAGCUCAGGAGUUUGUCUUCCCACAGAACUCUUUGGCAACAAAAGUAUGUGGGAAAGUUCAGGAAAAUAGGAGCUCUGAUCUUGUGGCAGGGAAAUGCAAUACGAAUGAUCAGUGCUUCAAUUCAAGUACUGAGCAUUCAGAUUUCAGGAGAGGCAGAGAGUUAGAAGUGAAACACAAAGCAGAAUCCAAAACGCCGCCAUAUCUGUCUGCUCAGACUCAUCUUGAUUCUCCAUCUUCAAGGAGUUGCAAAAGUAUGCAAGAGACAAGUGCAAACAGUGUGUUCCAGUCCAGACUGGUCCCCACUAAACAGGUGUCCAAGGAAGCACCACUGGAUUCCUCUAACUCUGCUGGAAAUGAAGCUGGUGUGCAAGGGAAGGAAGAUGACAGUACUUUACUUUUAGGGCGUAAUGACACCUUGCUGAAAAAAGUAUCAACAGAAGAAAAAUCAGGUUCAUCGUUGCUGUCUUUCUUUAAGAGGAGCAGUAACGUGCAAACUUCAAACCAGGAGCAGCCUAAUUUAAAUGAUUUGGAUAAAUAUGACUGCAAAAAUCAAUUUUCGGAGACCUUUUGUAGGGAUAAAGUUUCAGUGAGUGGUUAUUUUCCGUUUAGCUCUGAAAACAAGAGGGAUAUGAUCAGGCCACUGUCAGUGAAGUGUGAAUCAAGUGACAGGUUGUUUGAGUUUUCAGAAUAUUUCAGGAGGGAAAACAGUUCAGUGGGGAAGAAAGAAGAGAAUUUUGUGAAGACGGUUUCUAAAGAUGAUGAAUUAUCAGACUCCCAGGUUGAUAGAGAACUCAGUAAAUUAUCUUUAGCUGCUUAUGCCAAAAGUGUUAAUUUUCCCAUUGCAUCCAACCAGGAAAGCUCAGUGUACCACAAUGCAUCUGAUAUUAAAAGGAAAGUGAAAGGUUCUGUGAGAUCUUCCAAUGAUGGCCAAACUGCCAAGUGUCCCAGUGGUGGAGAUCGCCCUAGCAAUCAAGUCAUUGUCAUUUCAGACUCUUCUGAUGAGGAAAAAAACGUGGCUGAGAAGGAGGAAACAACAACCAAGAACAAUAAUGUGUGUGCAGAGCCGUCUUCAACUUCCAGCAGCACUUCUGAUAGUGACACUAAAAGAGAAUCAAAGUCUCCAGGCUCUCCCAUGUUACUGGAUGAAUGUGAUUCUCAGUACUUUGAAUUUGAAACAGAAGCUGAGGUUUUUUCAGCUUGGCAAGAUACUCAAGAAUAUGCUAUGCAAGCAACUCAGGAGUAUAAACAAGAUCGUGUUUCACCAGCACCUGAGACAAGUAAUUCAGAUGACUGCCUGAAUGAUAACUUGAAUGACUGGGGCUAUGAUGUGCAUUACUUUAGUGAUGACGCCAUGGAAGAGGCAGCAAGCUCAAUAGAAAAGCAGACAGAAGAUACUUCUUAUCAGAAAGAAGCUGAUGAUACAAAAGAAGUGACUAAUUCAACCUUGGAAGAAUCAGUUGGCAAGGAAGAUGCAAAAGGUCAACUGGAGAAAUGUGCAGACAAAGGUACUGCUGAAGGCUUCACCCUGGACCCAAAAGUGCCUGAACCCACAGCAUCUACAUCUCCCAUCUCAUUAGCUUCAAAGUUGGCCCUUAAGAAAAACAGCACAAGCCCACAGAAGACCACAGCAAAAUGUAAAUCGGCAUUGUCUGUUCAGAGAAGUCCUAAAAAACCUCCCGUUGUUAAAACAGCCAAAACCAAAACACCACUCCAGAGCACGACAGAACGUUCUCAGCCUGGCAGGUCAAUGCCUGCUGUGGUUCCUCCAAGGAAGGUGAGGCAGAGUCCUGCUCCAGCGUCAACUGCAGAAAAGCUUGGCCUAAAGAAGGGCCCCCGCAAGGCGUUCGACUUGUCCCAGCCCUCCCUGGAGAGCCUGGCUCUGCUGCGCAGCCACGGCAAAGCUGCAGGCAGGAUUGGAGUUACACAGAAAAAAAGGACCAAACAGAUCGAGGCUCAGCGUUUGUCUGUAAAAGGUAACAAAAAACUGCUAGCCUGCCAAGACCGCCAGUAUCCAAGGCCCAAGAGAAGUGUGAAAAGUUCUGUAGGAGGUUCACAUAGUAGAAACAAAGUUACCAAAAUGUGUGCAAAACCUGUGGAACAAAAGCCUCAAAGUUUUGAACUGGCGGCUAUUAAAGACUCUGUUGAAAACCAAAGGGAGAAAAAAAGAGAAGAGGCUUCUUGUCCUUCUGCCAGUGAGAGAAAAUAUGAGAGCCUCUCUGUGGAGGAGGUGGCAAAUGCCUCUAAAAUGCCUCAUUCUUCAGACUGGAACAGCAAAUGGGAGGGUAACAGUGUCGUGGUUCCUCCUGUCCCUGUGGAUUCAAGUCUCUCUUCCACUACACUUGAAGGUGGUAAAGAGGAGUCUUCAGGAAAAGGUUGCACUGUCCUGCCUGAGUGCGAGAUGAAAACUUCAAAGCAAAAUGGGUGUAAGUCAGAUGAAAGCAGUGACGAAGGUGAUGAUAAUCUGUUUUUAACCCAGUUAGAUCCUGUGGAUAUGGAGUUAUGUUCUCAGGAGGAAAGUGUUCAAGAUGCUGCUAUAGGUAGUAAGACCCCAGAGGAAAUGGAUGUUGAUGAAAGCCUUCAGCAGAAUGAACUCUCAGCUGUUGUGAAAUGUAAGGACAAAGACUGUGUGGAACACGUGGAAAAACCUGGAGAGUACUGCAGUAAACACCCAACCACCAGCCCAGGGGCAGAUCACGUGUUUGCCAAGCCUUCUCUCCCACCACCUAAAACAAAAAAGCCUUCCACUACCAAAAUUUUCAGCUCAGCAAGUUCUUCACGGAAUGCAGCCUUCAGCAAAGAUCUGGAAGAUGUCAGAAAGUUGCCCCCACCUUCAAAAAGCAAAGUGAACACGGCCAAACCGGCGGUGGUCAGGCCACCAGUGUAUCCAAAACCUGCACCAGCAGGAAAUCCAACGUGCAAAUCUUCAAGUUUCAGUAACGUACCUCAACCCCUUAGUUCCAGUAAUGUUCUCCAGUCACAAAAUAAACACUAUGACAAUGCUUCAAAUAUUUCCAGGGGGCCUGGCCGAGAAACCUACUCCUCUUUUCUUGGUGCUCAGCAGCGCGAUUACAGCAUUUUUGUUAACCAAGUCCUAAAGUGGACUUACGAAAUGUUUGCAAACUUCAGCUGCUUUGGAACUCCAAAUAAUCUUCUGCAGACCAUAGUAGCUUCUGUUCCUGUCCAAUUUCCGGGCUACAAUGAGUAUUUUAACACAUUUUUUCCUUUGAUGAUGCUCAAUGCCUUUGAAACCCUGGCACAAGAAUGGGUAGAAAACCAGAAAGUAAGAGAGAAAGGUUAUUGCUUCUACUUAGAGAACUUUUCUGCUGACAUGAAUACAGCACAUUUUACAGCUCAUCUACGAGAGAGUGAUUUGGCGAGGCAGCUUCAUCCGAAGGAGGAUGACUUAAUCCUUUUGAAGGUCCACAAGGAGAAGGAAACUUUUGGGGAAGAAAGUGGGAUGGAGUACCACACAGUGAAUCAUGUUGGCCUUGUGACACGUUUUUCUCGUGCUUCUGGCUGUGCAAAUAGACAAAAAGAGCAGCAAACUGCCUGUCAUCUUACUGUGCAAACCCGAGGCAAUCUGUCAUUCUUUGUCCAUAAGCAAGUGAAGUGUGUGGUGGUUGGCUCCCUGGUGACCACACACAGAAAGUUUAAAGGUCUGCUGCUGCUGAGCAGGAGCCCCCUGGCUAGACCCAUCAUAAAUCCAAGUUACAAUGACUUCUGUCCCAGAGAUCUGCCUGUUGCCUCAGGAAGUGCUGUUUCAUGUAUGAAUGAAUACAAUGAAGAUCAAAAGAGAGCCAUUGAGACAGCUUAUGCCAUGGUCAAGCAGCACCCAGGACUCCCCAAGAUUUGCCUUAUCCAUGGACCACCUGGGACAGGGAAAUCCAAAACUAUUGUAGGACUCCUGUCCCGUGUUUUGAGAGAAAACACUAGGAAUGAGAAAACAGCUCGGAAAAAAAAUUCCAAGAUUAAGCCAAACCGUUUUCUAGUGUGUGCACCAUCAAAUGCUGCUGUUGAUGAACUCAUGAAAAAGAUCAUCGUUUCAUUUAAGGAAAAAUGCCAAAACAAACAGGAGCCUUUGGGAAAUUGUGGUGAUAUCAAAUUAGUGAGACUUGGUGCUGAAAAAUCAAUCAACAAUGAAGUGCGGGGAUUCAGCCUGGAUAAACAAGUUGAACACAGAAUGAAAAGAAAGCCGGGUGACUGUGACCAGGACAUUCAGAAGAAGAAGGAAGCCCUGGAUCAGAAGCUGGACAUGCUCUCUCGAGAGCGUGCCAUGCACAGAUGUGAGAAGAGAGAGAGUCAAAUGUUAAAUGAUGAAAUUGGCAGACUUGCAAAGGAGAGACAACAACUCGCUUCUCAGCUGAAGGAGGUCCGGGUGCACUCCCAGAAAGUGCAGGCAGACAUCAUCCUGGAGUCUGACAUCAUCUGCUGCACGCUGAGCACCAGCGGGGGCAGCCUGCUGGAAUCCGCCUUCUCCCGCCAGGGGCUCGAUCCCUUCAGCUGUGUCAUCGUGGACGAGGCAGGGCAGUCCUGUGAGGUGGAAACACUGAUUCCACUGAUCCAUCGCUGUAAUAAACUUGUCCUCGUUGGAGAUCCCAAACAGCUCCCUCCUACUGUCAAAUCAGUAAAAGCUCAGCAGUAUGGCUAUGACCAGUCCCUGAUGGCCCGUCUGCAGAGGCACCUGGAGGAGCAAGUGCAGAGGAACAUGCUGCACAGCCUGCCUGUGGUGCAGCUGACUGUGCAGUACAGGAUGCACCCAGACAUCUGCCUCUUCCCAUCCAACUAUGUUUAUGGCAGGACUCUAAAAACUGCCAAGGCAAUAGAGGAGAACAGAUGUUCUUCAGAAUGGCCAUUCCAGCCCUACCUGAUUUUUGAUGUAGCUGAUGGUCGUGAGGAGCGAGACAAUGACUCUUACAGCAAUCCUCGGGAGGUGAAGCUGGUGAUGGAGUUAAUUAGAACAAUUAAAGAAAAAAGGAAAGAUCUGGGCCUUCGUCGCAUUGGAAUAAUUACCCCUUACAGUGCACAGAAAAAGAAAAUCCAGGAACAACUGGACAGUGCGUUUAAGAAUAACAGCCCAGGAGAAGUGGACACAGUGGAUGCGUUCCAGGGCCGGGAGAAGGAUUGCAUCAUCGUGUCCUGUGUGCGGGCAAACAGCUCCGAGGGCUCCUCUCUGCCACACGUGCAGGCAAACAGCACCAAAGGAUCCAUUGGGUUUCUGGCGAGCCUCCAGCGCCUGAAUGUCACCAUCACCCGGGCCCGCUUCAGCCUCUUCAUCCUGGGCCGGCUGCAGACGCUCAUGGAAGAUAAAAACUGGAAUCACUUGAUCCAGGAUGCUCAGAAAAGAGGUGCCAUUAUUAGGACAACAGAAAAAAAUUACAAGAAAGAGGCUCUCAGGAUUUUGAAGCUCAGGCCACCAGGACAGUCCCCAGCCAAAGGAGGGACGAUGACAUCUCCUGUGGUGCAGGCUGGUUCUUCCAGUGGCAAGAGGAGUGAGCCUGGAAAUUCUGGGAACAGCCCACGGGAACUUACUGCUGGCCCUGGCCAUGCAGUGCCCCAAGGGAGCCGAGGGCCCACACAGCCUGCAGGGGCUGCAGCUGCAGAUUCCAACAGGGGCAGUGCCCCUGCAUCCUUGGGGGCUGCGGCUGCAGACGGACCCUCAGACUCCAGGAGGAGCAGUGCCCCUGCACCCUCGGGGGCUCCAGCUGCAGACUCCAGGAGGAGCAGUGCCCCUGCACCCUCGGGGGCUCCAGCUGCAGAUGCCAGGAGGAGCAGUGCCCCUGCACCCUCGGGGGCUGCAGCCCUUGGUGCCAUUCCAGAGAAGCCGCGGGACCCGAGGCUGGCCAGCCUGGCCAGCCGAACUGAAGGCAAAGGCAAGGAGCAGCCCUCGAAGGACAGCCAUCGGUCAGCCCAGAGCAAUCCAGGAUCAGCACCACAGCAAGGCCUGGCUGUGUCCUCAGCUGCCAGGGAUCAGCUUUGCAGAGCAGAAAAUGCCAAGAAGGCCCAGCAGACAGCAGGACAGUGCAGUGUGCUUCCCCCAGCCCCUCACUCAGCCCAGCACGAGGGCGACCGGAGAGCAGCUGUGCCCAAAAGCGGUUCCAAAGCCCCCAGUGAGGGAGGGCAGAGCAGUAGCAGUGAGUGGAACAAAGACUCUCGUGGUUUGUCAAGGAGACCAUCCCAGGAAUCAGCAGAGAACACAGAAUCAAGCUCUGCCAAGAGAAGAAAGUUCUUUCACUGACUUUACUAUCGGCUCAUUACAGAAAAUCUAUUCCCAGAUUUCUGUCUAGCAAGGACUGUAUUUUAAAUUAUUUAGCACAGCUGGAACUCCCAUAUAUUGAUACCACUACUAUCAGAAGAUCUCUUUCCCAUCCUGUCCCUAAUUGUGAAGGGAUUUAAUACCUGACAGAUGGUACCUUUGAGGUUUUGAAAAGAGAAGUUGGGUAGCUGCAUUGCUUGGAAGAGCAGUGGGUUUAGUCAUCUAGGAAGCUGAGGUUGUAAAUGUUUAACAGUGUAUAUUUGUACAGUAUACAGAAUUAUUUUAAGAUAUUUGGCAGAUACAUAGCUUCUUGUUUUCUUGUGUAAAUGCUAAUUUCUUAGAGAUGUAAUUUUUUAUGAAGAACCAGAGUAAAGCAAAAACAAAACCCAGCCCCAAAAUCCAAAAGACAGACUUAUUUUCCCUUUGCACUAAUGUCUAAUUUAUUUCAUAGCAAAAGUGAAUGUUGGAAAUGUGGUAACAGAGGUUUUUUCUAGUGCUCCACUACUGCCUCAGGGUAGAGUGAGGCAGAUGUACAUUGGUUGAAUGGAGAGAAUUCUACUUAUUUUGUAUAUUUUAUUGCCUGUUUUUAUAGGAACAGAAAAGUUUUUGUUUAUACAAACGUGCCUUGAGUUUUGCUCUUGCUGCUGCUCUAUCAGUUGGAAUCCCUUUCUUGUUGCAGUGGCAACACAAUCUGCAGAUUAAAACCUGUGAGGUCUGUUUGGUCCCACUGUGUCCCUGUGAGGAGGAAUCAACAGCACUGUGGAAUCUUGGUCCAAGGUCUCGUUACCAGUUAUUGGUAAUAUCACUUGAGUUUCUUUGUAUGGAGCUUUUGGAGAUCUACAGGGAUGAAAAGGGCAGGUAGAUCUUUGAGGGUGUUACUGCUGGAGUCUUUCCACUCUGCUGAUGAAGAACAUGCAGCCAGUAAAAGAGGACAGCAAAAAAAACCAAAUUAUUUUUAAGAAAACCUUCCUCACAUCAUAACAUUUCACAAUAAAACUGGAAUUAUUUCUACUAAGAA